GGCGGAAGUUCCCGUCAUGCCCCGCGGCCCGGAAGCGGAAGUGCGGCGGGGCCGGAGCCGGCGGCGGCGGCGGGCAGAUGGCGGAGUGCGGGCCGCAGCCCCCCGGGGGUGGGAGUGGGGCUGCGGGGGCGCCGAGCCGACAUGAGAAGAGCCUGGGGCUGCUGACCACCAAGUUCGUGUCGCUGCUGCAGGAGGCCAAGGACGGCGUGCUGGACCUCAAGCUGGCUGCAGAUACACUGGCGGUGCGGCAGAAACGACGAAUAUACGAUAUCACAAACGUCCUGGAAGGCAUUGGGCUGAUUGAGAAGAAAUCGAAGAACAGUAUCCAAUGGAAAGGGGUGGGUCCUGGCUGCAACACACGUGAAAUAGCUCACAAACUCAUUGAGCUGAAGGCAGACAUAGAGGACCUGGAGCAGCGGGAACAGGAGCUGGAGCAGCAGAAGAUGUGGGUCCAACAGAGCAUCAAAAACGUUACAGAAGACGUGCAGAACAGUCGGUUAGCAUAUGUGACGCAUGAAGAUAUCUGCAAGUGCUUCACAGGAGACACCCUCCUUGCAAUUCGAGCCCCAUCAGGCACGCGUUUAGAGGUUCCCAUCCCUGAGGGCAUAAAUGGGCAGAAGAAAUAUCAGAUCCAUCUGAAGAGCACAAGUGGUCCAAUUGAUGUCCUCUUAGUAAACAAAGAUGCUUGGAGCUCUCCUCCUGUAGUGUUACCUGUCCCUCCCCCCGAAGACCUCAUUCAGUGCCAGCCAGCUGUGCCCUCAAAACCACAGAUACCACCGCUUGCCCACUUCCAGGAGGCAUCUGUUCCCAGCAGCACCCAGCCCUCCACACCAACACCUACCAGCACUCAGGACCACAGCCCUCCCACACAGAAAGCUACUAGUGCAGAAUGCAGUGUCUCAGCGGCAGAGUCCAAGAACAGUGGCGACUUUGACCCUCUCGGCUCUAUGUCUGCACCGGCCAGCCAGCCAGCUGGGUUAGACACCCAGCCAUUGCAGUCUUCUGCCUCACUGGACAGCGGCUCCGUCCUACCCAAUCCCUCUACCUCCUUUGAGCCAAUCAAGCCAGAUCCCACAGGAAUACUGGAACUUCCCAAAGAGCUCUCGGAGAUGUUCGAUCCAACAAGAGAAUGUAUGAACUCUGAGCUACUGGAAGAGCUGAUGUCAUCUGAAGUGUUUGCCCCGUUGCUCCGCCUCUCCCCUCCUCCUGGAGAUCAUGACUACAUCUAUAACCUGGACGAGAGCGAAGGCGUCUGUGACCUCUUUGAUGUGCCUGUCCUCAACCUCUGACUUCUCAGUGCGGCUGUGAGCCUCGCAAACACAGACCAUUUUGUAACUCUUUGGAAAGCGUCUAUUUUUGGAUUCCUUUUGUGCGAGAGCUCGAUGAGUGAGCGAUUCAGAGAUGCUCUCAUAUGGACUCAAAACCAAGAGAUGUGGACUUGCAGGCCGGGAGCCUCCCUGUAGCUUCUUUUUCUCCCUGUGUUGCACAUGUGAGGUCUUUGACUUAACUCGUCCCGCUGUAUUCCUGUCUCUCCACUGGAUCCUGGGCCUCACUUCAAAGGGUCUGUGUUUGAGUGUUCCCAGUUCAGCUGUAGAGUUUGCCCGUGUGCCUCUCCAAGCUUCCUCAGAUCUGCAUGCCUUGGAUUUCCUGCAAUCCUAGAUGCACUUUGCACCUCCUAGGUACCAGCUGCUACAAGGAGCCUUAGUAUUGUGGUCGGUUCACAAGCCCGGAGGUAGUUAGCUAGAUUUUCAGUGUGAGCGGUUCAGACUGGGGUAGUUAUGCUUUGAAUGACAACAGGGGAAAAAAUACGGCACCGAAGUGUCCAUUUCUUCCAGUGAUUCCAGACCAAGUUAGUAUGUUUUACAAGUAAAAAGCACUUUUUUAGCCAGCUGUGCCUCCUUGUAGGAGCCAGGAGUUGAGCUGAGUGUUUCCCUGCUUGUGCAUCAGCAGGAAUACUGUUUCUGCAAUGGUGUAGUUCACCAGUUUGCUCAUGCACAAGCCCGGGGGGGUCCAGCUUCUUGGGCAGCAGCUGUGCUGCUUUUACAGGGCUAAACAAUGGGUGCCAAUUUUAUUUUAUUUUAUUUUUUUCCUGAGUGGAGAGAUGUUUGAAAGGCCAGACUGCUUCAGCUGUUUUCUGUAAGGUACUCUAGGUACAUCAGAGCCUGCUCACAUUUGCAAAUAGCUGUAUUCUCCAACCAUUGCACUUGAGCCUUCAGCUGUCUAAAAGGCAACCAGACAGUAAUUCAGUAGUACUUUGCCGUGACAAGUUACAUAGGUGUUGUCAGAAUAGACAGUAGGUUUUUUCCCCCUUUUGCUCUCUUAGCAUCUGCUCAGGAUCAGACUUUCUGUAUAUUUGAAUUUGCUCCUCCAGUGUCCAUACGCAUAUUCCUGAUCCUGUGGCAGGUUGCUACCUAGCAUGAUGCUUUCUCUGCAUCAUUUUUCACAAGCUUUUCUUCAUUGCUUUGUGAUGGAAGGUCUGCAGUAGGGUCUGUAUGGUGAUCAGGUGAUACCAGUCUUGGAUCCCAUGCAUUUUAGUUGUUGGAGUAAAAAGCCCUCAUGGGUUUGUGUUGUGUUUUGCAAGCCCCAGCUUAGGUCUUUGGGCACAUCCUGUAUUUGAAUGUCUUAGUUUUGUACAUCUUCCUGCCUUUGCAGUGGUUGCAGCUGUCAUGCCUUUCCUGCUCAGCAAACUGCCAGAGAGGGGGCUGGGCCGAGAAGCAUGGCUUGUCCUUGCGGGGAGGUAGCUCUCAGCCAUCCAUGUAAGCAGCUGAUGUUCCACUUCUCUGCUCAGCUGCAUACCAUAUGUGAAGCACAAAACCAGCCCUGGCUGCGGCACCAGCGGUAAGGGAUGUAAAGCCUUCAAUUGUUGGAGCUUACAGAAGUGAGGAGAGAUAUGCUUGGGACUUGUGUUCCUGCUGUGGUUCUGCGUGCGGUCAUAUAUCUUGUGGGAGUCCUCCAGAAGAACCGUUCCUUUCUGCAGCUUGGGAAGCUCACAGUGGCCGAAUUUUGCUGUAAAGUACCAGCAUCCUCUUCAGAAAAUCGUGAAGAAUUCAGUAGGAACAGACACUACUGGGCAUUUUCUAGUUCAGCUGCCAGCAGUGGGCUGAUGAGACAGCGAUCGCGUGGGACCCCAUGAGGGCAGUGAACUUCAGUCUGCAUGCACCAGUUCGUAAACCUUCCCUCCUUUUGCAUGGAAGCUACCUGAAAACUGUUGGUCCUCCAUGUGCGUUAGCUAGGCUCCAUGGCUUUUGUGUAGCUAGAGCUCUCAGUGUACUGCCUGACCUGUGCUCUCCUUCAAAGUGUUAAUGUUUGCCAUCAGUUAGACAAUGUUUGGAAAAGAUAUCUAGAGAAACUUUACAGUAACAGAUGAACUUUGAUUCAUAUAUAAAGAUUAUUUUUAUACUUUUUAAAGGAAAGAAAAUUGCUGUAAUAUUUGUACAGUGUUCUCUGAGUGAAUAAACAAACUCUUUCCAGA